AUGCGUUACGUUGCUGCUUACCUGCUAUCCGCCCUUGGUGGCAAUGAAAAUCCAGAUGCUAAACACAUUAAGAAGAUCCUGGAGAGUGUUGGCAUUGAGGCAGACGACACCCGUUUGGAAAAAGUCCUCUCAGAGCUCAAAGGCAAGAAAGUAAAUGAUGUGAUUGCGGCAGGUAUGUGCAAACUGGCCAGCAUGCCAGCUGGCGGUACCGUCGCAGUUGCCACCUCCGCUGCUGCCAGCUCAGGAGGAGCCGCCGCACCUGCCGCAGAGAAGAAGAAGGAAGAGAAAAAGGAAGAGUCUGAAGAAUCCGAUGACGACAUGGGAUUCGGUCUUUUUGAUUAA